AUGAGACUUACCUCUUCGCUCGCCAUUCGCAAGCUGCUCGCCUCGAUCCACCCACCUCUUUCUCCCCAAUCACCUCGAGAAUCCAAGCAGCUCCUUAACGUCCUCGAGUCGGCCUUCCAGCGACGUCUUGACGAAACCCAUCCCUCGCCCAAAGUAGCAGCAACCGCCGUUGAGAACCAGCACGGCUCUGAAACAAUUCCAGAUCCGGCUCAAAGAGUCACACAUUCCACACAUUCUCACCUAGACACUAUCCUUGGUCAUCCGCUUUUCAAGCAACAGUCGCUUACUUUUCUUCAAACCCACGGUCUAGCUGCCACGGCCGUUAAGACCUUUGACGAUGCUCUAUUGAAGCAAGGUCUUGAUUCGGACCUUGUCCAGUCCUGCGCUUUACAGUAUCUUCAGGGUCGUGAGAAACGAGGGAAAUCUCCCAGGGAUGAAGGACUUGGACCAAGAUUGGCUCGCUGGUUCAACGCCAUGACAGGCGCUGAGAAGAAAGAUUUACUGCUUAAUGAAAAAUAUAUGGAGCCUCUGAUCUCGGUCAUGUAUGCCGAUGGCCUGGAACGUGAAGUCUGGCAAUGGCUGCAAGUUCUUUACGAACGAUCUUUUAACAACUUCAUCUUCAUCCCCACCGACGACUACGCUCCUGAUGCCGUCGCUUACCUGCGUGCGGAAGAUCGCCUCGUGUCUUUGAUGAUCAAGGAGACCGCUCGCCGCGGACGACUACAGGAAGCUGUACAGCUAUAUACGCAGGCAUACGAGUACCGUCUGAACUCCGGAAGAUCCGUUCUUUCAGAGGGGAAGUCUUCCCCCGAGCCUCUCCAGCGGUCAUGGCGUCAAGUGGCCGGAGCAAUACUCUUACAAAAUAAACGCAGCAAAAGAGGUCUACCUGCAAGCCUCUAUGACCUGGUAUUAAAGUACAGCUUGACGAUCGAUCAUUCUCCUUUCGACCCGACUAUCCUUCAUAUCUACCAUCCAACAUCUCCAACCGCUCAUCCGCUUUUCCAGAAACUCAAAGAUCCGUCGUUCCUAGAACAAUUUGCGAAGUGGCAAAAGAACCCCAACAGAUUCGUUCGAAGGAUCCUACUUGUCUCUGUGUUGGAUGCGGCCGAGCUUUCCUUGAACCAUGGUCAUGCUAGUGAAGCGAGAGAGUUCCUCGAUUUUGCCGAAAGGACCUAUCCCGACUUUCUACGUUCCCAUGAAGAAAAGACUGACACGGCGGAGAGACUACAAUUGGCUCGCCAGGAGAUUCUAGUGAGAAAAGAGUUCCGGUCGUCGGGCUAUGCCACUGCUCCGGAGCUGCAAGUGCUGGUGUGA